AUGUGCACUGGUGACGAUAUUAUUCAACCCACUAUCUUUCAUUCAACAAACAGCAGCGACGGUAUGAUUGUCGAUAUGGUAAAACAACUCUCAUCCCCAUCGCCGCAAAGUCAACAGCAGCUUCAAAAAGUGACGUUCCAAAAUCUAAACGAUAAUGACAAUAAAGGAGAACAAACAGUUGUUGUUAUGGUUGUACUCCCACCAUGGGCUAUUGGAUCAUCCUUACAGGUCUUUUUCAAACAACUUGCUCAACAAACGCAUCCUCAUACUCGACUAGCAUUACUCCUCCUCAAUCCACCCAGUCCGACAACACUGUAUACUGUACGAUACUACCUCACUUCUUCCCGCAUUCAUAUGCCUGUUGAUGUGUAUACCAAGACGUACGAUUCGAUGACACCAUGGAUUGCCCAAGAUAACCAUCAUGAUAGUAGCAGGAAUGCUAUCUAUGAAUUAGAACCACUACGGAAAAGUGCUAUGGCAAGAGCAAAGAAUUUUUUACUACAAUCGGCUUUGGAUCCUUUAGACAAUUAUGUACUUUGGUUGGACCCUUUGCUGGAUCAAUUUCCCACCACUUUGAUUACGGAUUUCAUUGAUUUAUGUGAACAAGAUAAUAGCAAGAGCGAUCAUGGCGUGGAUAUCUUGGUACCAAAUACUAUGAUUAGAAAGGAUGGACAAGAAUGGGGUUACGAUCGAUCCAACUGGCAAGAAACAACAAUGUCUAGAUCAUUACAAGAUACUGUACCAAAUGAUUUUGUAUUUAUGGAAGGUUGGUGGGAAUAUGAUACACAUCGGUUUUUGAUGGUGGAUAUGUUAACAAAUGGACCUGAAGAUCAAAAGAAGAUGGAUUUUACCAAGGUACCAUUAGAUGGUGUUGGAUCUACUUGUCUAUUUGUCAAGGCAGAAGUCCAUCGAAGUGGUCUCAAUUUUCCUGCUUACCCUUAUCAACAUCAAUUGGAUUCUGAAGCAUUUGCAAAAGCAGCACAAGUGGAAGGUUAUAUCAUUAGAGGAUUACCAAAUUACAAGAUCUAUCAUUCCAAUGAUGAUGAUGAUACAAGUGUAACGGAUGAUAAUGAUGAUGAAAUAUAG